GGCUGUCAAUGGCGGGUGGUGGGAACGUAAUCUCCAACCACUCGGACAUGUGGUGGGUGGGUCGCUAAACAUUGGGAGAGGGUGAGAGAGAGUGGCAACGAGAGAUAAAGGUUGGACAUGAGCUUUCUUCGAAGAGUGUCGUCAAACUUACCUCAAAUUCUGGGAUCCACGAAAUGGUCAUUCAAAUCUCUGAAAUUCCCAGGAGACUCCCUCGACGGCUCUACUUCUCCCUCUCUCACCCAUGGCAUUCACGUCUUCCAAUGCCCUGACGCCAUUGGAGUUGUUGCAAAGCUAUCGGAUUGUAUUGCUUCAAAUGGUGGAAACAUACUCGUUGCCGACGUUUUUGUCCCCGAAAACAAGGAUGUCUUUUACUCGAGAAGUGAAUUUGUCUUCAACCCUGCCAAAUGGCCGAGGUUGCAAAUGGACAAGGAUUUCCUUAAGAUAUCAACAAUAUUCAAUGCAAUGAAGUGUGUUGUUCGGGUGCCUGCUGUCGACCCCAAGUACAAGAUCGCGGUUCUUGCUUCAAAGCAGGACCACUGUCUUGUUGAUUUGUUGCAUGGCUGGCAGGAUGGAAGACUUCCAGUUCACAUAACUUGUGUAAUAAGUAAUCAUGAUAGAGGCCCAAACACCCACGUGAUUCGACUUCUUGAAAGGCAUGGAAUCCCGUAUCAUUACUUGCGCACAACUAGAGAAGACAAAAGAGAAGAAGAGAUCUUUGAUUUGGUUAAGGAUACUGACUUUCUUGUACUUGCUCGAUAUAUGCAGAUAUUAUCCCGAAAUUUUUUAAAAAGCUACAGGAAAGAUAUAAUUAACAUUCACCAUGGCCUACUGCCUUCGUUCAAGGGUGGGAAUCCGUCCAAACAGGUUCGGUUUUCUAGCCUUCUUCAUGGACUUAUGAUGGUUCUAGGUCAGGCAUUUCAAAGGCUUUCAUUUUACACGUAUAAUCUGUAAUACAAUGCUGACAGGCCUUUGACUCCGGUGUGAAAUUGAUUGGUGCAACAAGUCACUUUGUCACUGAAGAGCUUGAUGCAGGACCAAUCAUCGAGCAAAUGGUGGAGAGAGUCUCCCACAGAGAUAAUUUGCGGAGUUUUGUACAGAAAUCUGAGGAUCUUGAGAAACAGUGCCUUGCAAAAGCAAUAAAAUCUUAUUGUGAGCUGCGAGUUUUACCUUAUGAGGAAAACAGGACUGUUGUAUUCUGAGAAUUUUUUUCUUAAAAGUUUGUGUCUAGUGCAUAAGGCUUUCCGCGUACUACAAGUUAAGAGAAAGGCAUAUGGUAGGCAAUAUUAUUCUUAUUUUGGAGGGGCUGAUUUCCGGUACAUUCCAAGUGUAUAAUGAGUUAUGUGUGUACAUUCAAUUUUAAUAAAAAAUAUCUAAUAUAAAAGUUUCAUCGCUG